UUAUAAAAAUAAAACAGUUGGUUAGAAAGUGAUUAGUUAGUCUUUACAACUUGCUGAAAAGUGUUUCUCCGGCGAGAAAGAAAAAAUAAUACACAUUGUGAGCAACGGGGAAAAUGAUAAAGAGAAAACUGAAAUUCAACGGCAAAAAAGCCGAGAGGAUGUCGACGGCAGCCGGUGGAGACUUGAAGGAAGAGGUAAUUGAAUGGGAGAUGAGGCCCGGCGGGAUGUUAGUUCAGAGAAGGACUGAUAAUUCCGACCAUCCAAUUACUCCCAAUUUGCGGAUUCGUGUGGCGUAUGGUGCUGCGCGAUAUGAGAUCUCCGUCAAUCCUCACGCCACUUUUGGUGAAUUGAAGAAGCUAUUAACCGAAGAAACAGGGUUAGAACCUGGAGAACAAAGAUUAAUAUGCAGGGGAAAAGAAAGAGAGAAUGGAGAAUAUUUAGACAUGUGUGGAGUGAAAGAUAGAUCAAAAGUGAUUUUAAUAGAAGAUCCAGAAAGCAAGGAGAAAAGAUUCAUACAGAUGAGGAAGAAUGCCAAAAUUCAAGCCACACAUCGCUUCAUUAACAACGUUUCCAUCGAGAUUGAUAAACUUGCUCAACAGAUAUCUGCAAUUGAAAAGUCAAUUGGAAAUGGGAAAAAAGUAGCAGAAUUACAGAUCACCACUUUGAUUGAGAUGUUAAUGAGACAAGCUGUCAAGUUGGAUAACAUCUCCAUAGAAGGAGAUACAAUUGCCCAGAAGAAUUUGCAGGGUCAAAGAGUGCAAAAGUGUGUGGAAACUCUUGAUUUGCUCAAAGUUGCUAAUGCUAAAGUAAAGCCAGUUAUAAUCACCACCAAGUGGGAAUUUUUUGAUCCGCCCCCUGCUACCACAAGUUGGCAAUUAUUUGAUUGAUUUUUUUUUCUCUAUGUAUUUUACUAAAGAGAUUUAACAAGUUGUUCAACUCGUACUUGUAGCUUUUUUUUAUUGAUUGACCAAUAAAAGAUUGAGCAACAUUUGUAAAUGGGAAUGUCCAAAUUCAACCC